GUGUGUACUCUCUACUUCGCAGUGGAGUGCGCCUUGCGGAUUCACACGUAUCGCCGGGAGUUCUUUUGCGGAGAGGCCUGGCACUGGAACCUGUUCGACCUGCUUCUGGUCGUCUGCUCGGCAGCCGACUUCGUGCCCUUCCUGUACAGCAAUACUGGAAACUCUGUGGUUUUGGAUGCUUUGCGCGCGCUGAAGCUUCUCCGAAUCAUCCGCGUCUUUCGAGUCUUCCGGGUUAUCAAGCAGCUCUCCAACCUGAUGGUGAUGAUUGCUGACUCCAUCAACUCACUGCUCUGGGCGCUGGUAAUGCUGGUGAUCAUUAUGUAUGUCUUUGCAGUGUGCAUUAUGACCUUCACAUCGGACUGGGUAGCUACAUCUCCCGCAGAUGAUCCUGUCGUUAUGCGGAUCCGCGAUGCCUUCGGAUCACUGGGCAUGUCCUUCUUCACGCUGGUGGUGGUCAUGCUCGAUGGUGUGGACUUUGCUGACAUCUUGGAAGAUCUCCUGGUUGUUG